GUGAUGCAACUUUUUUUGGUUGGUUUUGUACCCCUUCCCCCCGUGCUCGGUGGGAAAAAUGGAUGUUUUUCUAAAGGAAAUCCUGGAGCCUUCGGAGCAGGACGUGUUUGAUGACUUGACGCGGAUGGAAACAUUUUCCAGCGACACCUUCAGCAGCCCGUGCGCAGAGUAUCUGCCACCCUCAGCCAACGUGGGGCUGCCCGGCCACCUCAUCCAGUGCCACCGCCCCCGGCCUGCCUACACCACUCACACAGCCCCCGUGGUCAAGAUGCUCGUUGAGCAGGAUGAGCGGAGAAAGGCUGCAUCCAACCGCCCAGCAGAGACAGAGACAAACGGAGAGCCUCAAGAAGCUGAGGAAGUAACUCAAGUGCCAAAGCUGAGCAGAGGUAGCAGCACCCACGGGAUGGGGAAGGACUCUGUGGGGAUGUCCACGGCUGAGAGCAGUUUGCCAUCACCAAGUGUUUGCAAUAGGGUUAUUUUUGCAAGAAAGCCUCCCUUGCGUGUGCUACCAAGUAGCUCCCUGGCAUGUUCCAGCAAGAAGAAAUGAUCUGUUUGCAUCUAGAAGCAAAGAAUGAGAUGCAUUCGAAUGUUUUCCAGAGUGCAUUAAACCACACAUACAAAUAGCA